GAGCAUGCUCAGUGUGUUUGUCUCUGCUUUCUCCUUCACUGCGUCCCGCCGCGCACGACAGCGUCUCUUCACUCUGCACGCUCCGCCCAGCAAAUAAAGAGACAUGGAAGUGAAAAGAGGGGAUAGUGUGGUGCAGCAGGACAAGACAGGAACAAGCAAACAGGCAGAGAACAAAGACCACUGUGUGACAUGUCAUCACCACGCACCCAAGGGACAUGACACAAUGGCCGUCCCUCCUGCAUACUCAGACUUGGGGAAAUCUGCCAAAGACAUCUUCAGCAAGGGCUAUGGCUACGGAGUUCUGAAGCUGGAUGUUAAGACCAAGUCCCAGAAUGGUGUUAUGGAGUUUGUGACCUCCGGCUCCAGCAACACAGACACGGGAAAGUCAGCAGGCCACCUGGAGACUAAGUACAAAAUGAAUGAGCUAGGCCUCAACUUCACCAAGAAAUGGAACACAGACAAUACUCUGACCACAGAAAUCACUAUGGAGGAUCAGCUGGCUAAAGGCCUGAAGCUCAGUCUGGACACAUCUUUUGUCCCUAACACUGGCAAGAAGAGCGCCAAGCUGAAGACUGGCUAUAAGCGUGACUUUGUCAAUGUGGGUUGCGACCUGGACUUCGACAUGGCCGGGCCCACUGUCCAUGCAGCUGCUGUGCUGGGCUACGAGGGCUGGCUUGUUGGCUACCAGAUGGCGUUUGACACUGCCAAAUCUACACUGACCAAGAACAACUUUGCCUUUGGAUACAAGGCCAGCGACUUCCAGCUCCACACCAGCGUUAAUGAUGGCACAGAGUUCGGUGGCUCCAUUUACCAAAAGGUGAACAGCAACUUGGAGACAGCAGUUCACUUGGCCUGGACAGCUGGCAGCAACAACACACGCUUUGGAAUUGGAGCCAAAUACCAGCUGGAUAAGGAUUCCUCUCUGUCUACCAAAGUUGACAACGCCUGCCUCGUGGGAGUUGGAUACACACAAACCCUCAGGCCAGGAGUGAAGCUCACCCUCUCAGGUCUGAUUGACGGGAAGAACGUGAAUGGCGGUGGACACAAAGUCGGCUUGGGUUUCGAGCUGGAGGCGUAAAGAUUUGAUGAGAGGACAUACAAGAAGAGAGAAAGGCAACGCAGGAGAAUAAUAAAGAGCCCAAAUGUAUAAAUGCCACAAAAGUCCACUUGGCGACACCUAAACACUUCCCUCUUGAGUCCUAAACACAUAUGCACACAUUCUUUGGCCUUAACUCUGAAACCCCAAGCAGCCUCAAGGACCUCCAGUACUGUACCUGUAAAGGAAUCAAGCAUUAUUUUGUGUUGGUUAUUUUUUAAUUUUACAUUAUUUGCAGGUCCCACAACCAACCUUUGAGCAUGUAUUGUCAGACCUCAGCAAAAGAACAGACUUUACAAGCAGGCAAAUCAUGCAAAACUCCAAAUAAUGUACUACUUUUGAAAAGUUUGAACUGAUUAAGUGCACUUUUAAUAAAGCAUUUGUGUCGUAUCUGUA